GAGGGACGGCGAGGGUCAUCUCAGAUGACCUUGUAUAGCCUUCGUACUCGGUGUACGAGGGCUAUUGAAUAGCCAGUUGGCAGUCGACAGGGGUGACCUCCGCAAACCAGUUGACCACAAUUUAUCAAGUCGGUCAACGCCUUAAUGACCACUCAAGACUCAAGCAAGCUAUCAAAAGCUAGCGAGCCUCCACUCGGACUCUCGCCGAUAAUCUUAGGAGGAGCCACGUUUUCCAACAUCUACAACUCUGAUGAUGACCUGAAACGAAACACGCCUGAGUCGACCCUGUUAUUUGCUCUUCGAAAUGGAAUCAAUGCCGUGGACACCGCACCGUACUACGGUAACAGCCAAUCAAUCAUUGGCCAGAUCAUUUCGAAGCCCGAAUUUAGGGCUGAAUUUCCACGAAGCUCCUAUCAUCUUUUGACCAAGUGCGGAAGAUAUGGCCCGAAAGAUUUUGAUUAUUCGCCCGAACGAAUCAUCCGCUCGGUCAAAGAAAGCUGCGCCUUGCUGGGUACCGAUUAUUUGGAUGCGGUGUACCUUCAUGAUGUCGAGUACGUGGCAGAAGAUCCGGAUGGCUUCAAUAAAGGCGGCCCUAAUGGAAUAUCCUCCGAUGGUCAAAGCACUGGUCAACUCGAUCCCGCACCCAAGACUGAGAAAUAUGCCCAGAGCUACGGCCCCGGAGACGACACAGUUGUACUUGCAGCCAAGACUUUGUUCCAGCUUAAGCAGGAAGGUUUGAUACGUAGGGUAGGGAUUAGUGGUUACCCGCUUGGAACGUUAUUGCGAAUGUCACACCUGAUCGUUACGCAACUGGGUUAUCCGUUGGAUCUAGUCAUGUCGUAUGCGUGCCUAACUCUCCAAAACAGUGCUCUAAAUAGCUAUCUUCCUUACUUCCAAGCUGCUGGGGUCGUUCAAAUCAUCUCAGCCUCGCCACUUGGUAAUGGUUUACUGACCACCCGAGGCCCUCCGGAUUGGCAGCCAGCUCCCGAAGCUCUUCGCCUAGUGAUCAAGGAGGUCGCCAAAUCUAUUCAAACGUCCCAUCAUCUGUCCAUCGAACGUAUCUCCCUUCUCUACUCCAUGUACUUCCCCCACACCGUGAUCGGAUUCUCGUCUGUUGACGAAGUCAAAGCGGCCUUAGAGGUCCUCGAAGAAAUCCAGAACCCAAAGGACGCUUCAAGUAUCUCCUCAGCUCAGGCUAUAGUACAAUAUGCAUUGAAAAGCUCUGGAUAUUUGAAUUGGUCUUGGCCUUCGCCAUCCGACUAGCUCUGAAGUCGAUCUUGACCUUUAGUGAUUCAUGAGCAUUAUAGAAGCAUUCCGGAUUUACCCUCGCAUCAGUUGAAUGGGUAGCAUCCAGUGAAGUUUUCGGAUACAUAAUCCUGCUAUGUCACCAAUAAAAAUCUUCAUUCAUUUGGACUAACUCUCUAUCAUGAUUAAAAACACUUCAAUACAACUGGAAUGUUUAUGGAUUCCUUCGCAACUCUAGUAUGAAGUUUCUCUUGUUUUUGCACAUCAGAUGUUGUAAACAAAUCGUUGUAGCCCAUUGUCGGCCCUUUGAAACGUAAACCCAUAUCCACGGUUGUCCUCCAGCAUUAGAAGCAUUACGUGGUUGAUUUCAUUGAAGUGCAUUGUGUCUGAUUGUGCGUUUUUGCUGAAAGACCUGCGGCAUCGUCUGCGGUCAAAUGCCUCAAAUGUUUACAGAAAAUCCUCAAUCGCACAGG